AUGAUGGCUAAUUCUAAGGACCAACAAGGCCACGAGCUCCGCUCAGUCCCAGAGAAUCCAUGUACAAAUGCACCAGAUGUCGCCGAAAUUGAGGGAGAUGCACCUCCGGCUCCUCCAGAACAACUACCCACACAUACCAUUCUCAAGUUUCUCACCGCCAGCUUCUCGUUCUUUGUCGCCGGUGUCAAUGACGGCAGCGUCGGUGCCCUCAUCCCCUACGUUAUUCGCCAAUACAACAUAAACACAGCUCAAACGUCUGCCUUGUAUGCCACCAAUUUUGCUGGGUGGUUUAUCUCCGCCAUAAUUAGCACCCACCUGACCCAGUUCUUCGAUUUGGGUUCUAUGAUGCUCCUGGGCGCAGCAUUGCAGGUCCUUGCGCAUGCACUGAGGAUCUGGAACCCGCCAUUCCCCCUUUUCGCCCUCAGCUUCACCUUCGUCAGCCUUGGCCAAGCCCUGAAUGACACCCAUGCAAACUCCUUUGUUGCGGACGCUCGAAGCUCCCACCGCUGGCUUGCCCUCAUCCACGCUUCGUACUCCGCUGGCUGCCUCGUCGGACCAUUUGUGAGUACGGCGGUCGCGGCUGCAGUGACACCUUCUGUUUGGUACUUCUUUUACGCUGUGCCCUUGGGAUUAUGUGUCGCAAAUGCGGCUUUCAUUGCCCUCGCAUUCCGUGACACCGUCAAAUUCAGGCGUAAGGAAGAGACAUCCUCGGAAUCACGCCACAAGGAUGCCUCUAAGCUCAUGGCACUCACUUUCCGCAGCCCAUCUCUGUGGUAUCUCAGCAUAUUCUUCUUCUUCUAUCUGGGCUCUUCGCUCACCGCAAGCGGGUGGCUGGUGGAGUACCUCAUCGACGUGCGCAAAGGGGACAUUUCGCAGAUGGGCUUCGUGGCCGCAGGCUAUAAUGGUGGCUCGCUCCUGGGGCGUCUGCUGUUGGCCGAACCUAUCCACCGUUUCGGUCCUCGCUUUAUGGUCUUCGCCUUUGGUAUCUUGUGCAUCGGCUUUCAACUGGUUUUCUGGCUUGUGCCAAACAUCAUCGCUGCUUCCAUCGCAGUGAGCUUCGUUGGGUUCUUUGCGGGCCCAUUUUUCGCCACGGGUGUGUCUCUCGGGGCGAAACUCUUCGAGCCAGAGGUAAAGCCAACGGCACUCGCUUUUGUAUUCGUAAUGGCGCAGGUCGGGGGCUCAUUGUUCCCAAUGAUUACAGGAGGCGUGGCAUCUUCGGCCGGCGUGGCAGUCCUGCAGCCCAUUUUGAUUGCACUUUGGGUGGCUACAGCUCUAAGCUGGCUCCUGGUGCCGCAGACGAAGAAAGCAAACCUCGCCGCCACUCACCAGGAAUAA